GGGUUGGUGUUGGAUUGUGACGGCGCUGUUUGGUAGAUAGCAUUGCUUUGCGCUGGUAUUACUUGGCUGCUAUUGAUGGAUCAAAGUAAAUAUGUCUCAGGUUGUGUUCUCUUUUUUAUUUGUGUUUUCUUCUUCUUCUUCGUUUUUGUUGGCAAAUUUCAAGAAAAUUGAAAUUGUACAAUUAGUAAUUAAGUUUAAACAGACGGGGAAUGUUGUAUUUCAGUUCGCCGGAAAUCAAGCGGUCGUUUGUUAGUGCAUCAUAAGUAAUAUUUUCGUUGUUGGCAACUUAACGUUAGGACCAAAAAUAGAAAAAAAAAAGAAAAACAAAAUAAACGAAUAAAUAAAUAAAUAAAUAAAUUUUAUUUGUGUAGUAUGGCAACAAAUUGUUGAAACAAGUUAAAAUGAAAAUAGAUUUUGUGCUCAUGUUAAAUAACAUUUUCAAAUGUGAUAAAAUGCACAACAUAAUCUUAUGGUUAAUUUUCCUCAGAGCUUUUGCAAGUCAUGCAAAUGCCAAAACCAUUCUACCUCAAGGUCAUUUGAAACCCAAAGUUAUUGACGACAGCAAUGAAGAUUUAAACCCAACAAAUGUAACACAUCACUAUCCCCUCCUGCCCAGCUCAACUACGCCGGCCAUUAAUCGAUUCGGGUUUUGUGAGGAGGAACAAUAUUUCUAUGAAUUUAUAACGGACAACAAUCAAACCCAAAUGUUGUGGGUAACAUGGAAUCUAACCAAAGUGGGUGAGAACGCCGUCUUGCCCAACAUGUGUUCGGCCCAGACCGGUUUGCCGUUACGCAGACGUUGUUACCUCUCGGCCACAUUGCAUCAAGCUGUGUGGGAAGCUCAAACCAACAACACUGUGAUGAUACAAUGCCAUAACAGCAUGUUUUGUGAGGCCGAAGAAUUCCGGCAUCAUUUCAUACACGGCGAAGGUCUGGAACAACACGUUAACAGCUGGAAACGAACAAAAAUCUAUCAGAAAUCCACUCUGCAAGACAUGUGUCUGCGGCCUAAUGGUCUGCCAUUGACGCGACGUUGUUUGUAUGAUAAAAAAAGCCACCGAGCACAGUGGGAACCUUUGCCGGCCAGCUAUGUAAACUACAAAUGUCUGCGAACAACGGAACAACAGAUCAUCAGCAACGAAUUAGAUUCUCUACUGGGCAAUGUAACCAGCCGACAUCGAAUAAACGAUCCCAAGCUUCGUCUGCAGUCAUCGCGUAAUCUCAUCAAAAUCCUAGAAUCGCCCUCCAAACGUCGUCUGCCGGCCGAUAUUCAUUUGACAAAUGAAAUUCUCAGAAGUCUUAUUGCCGAAACACCAGAUAUUGAACUUUCCUCGGAUGUCCUACAGAUCACCCACAAUUUAAUGACCAGUGAUCCCACCGUGCUCCGCAUGUCUGCCGAAUUAAAUGCCACAAAUUCUUUGCUCGAUACCUUUGAGUCAUACAUGGAUUCCGUCGGAGAUAAGUUUGUGUCCGAAGCCCAUUGCCGCAAUCCAGCAAUCGUUUACGCCACACAUAAUACCACCACCAGCACUGAUAACACCUUAUCACCACCACCAACAACGCUGCCGGCAGUGGAAGUACUCAAUUCACACCUUCACAACGGCAUCUACGCCCAUAUCAGCGGAAAUAUAAGCGUCUUCUUUGUCAACCCCUUGUGUGCCAACAUUUCAGGCAUUGCCAUAUAUCCAUCGAAAGUGUCUGCGUCACAUUCCAAAGAACUCAACUAUGAUUCAUUCAACGAUUUCCAUUAUCGUUUCAUUUUCAUGAAUGAAACGGUUAAUGGUCUUCUGAAUGACCCCGACUUGGAAUUGGCUUCCUUUGUACCGUUGAGCAUGUGGCAACAUUUGUUGCAACAUUUCUCGUUGUUGCAACGUUCACCAGUCAUUGUCUUUAAGGUCUAUGCCCACGAUGGUCUCUUUGUGGAGUCAAAUACGAUGCGUGUGCGAAAGCCUUUUAGUAAAAUCUUAUCAAUUUCAAUACCAGGCUAUGAAGAUGCGCUGCCAGAAAGUUUGCCAUUUUUAUUGCGACAACAUGGAACAUCCUUCGAAUCUAAUCCAAAUUCCGGUUGUGGCUAUUGGAAUUAUAGCACCUGGACAAGUGGUGGUGUUCAGACAACAAGCGAAUCUCCAGGAGUCCAUCGCCAGCCUCUUGUCUUGUGCUAUACCAGUCAUCUGACACAGUUCUCGUAUUUAAUCGGAGGAAGUUUCAAACAAAACGAUCUAACCGAUGAAAUUCUAAUAACAUCUGUACAUAUGGAAGCCCUCGAUAUUAUUUCACUGGUUGGAUGUGCCCUCUCGCUGAUGGGUUUAAUGGGCAUUUGGAUAACGGCUUGUCUUUUCAAGAGUUGGCGAGCCCAAGCAUCGAAUAAGAUUCUGCUGAACAUGUGUGUCGCCCUGACCUUACAAAUGGUACUCUUCUUGUUUGUCAACACCGACGAUAUAUCCGAGACAUUGGUGGAUGAACAUGAUUAUACGAAAUGUGUAUUUCUGGGGGCCCUACUGCAAUAUUCGUUGUUGGUGUUGUUUACCUGGAUGUUGUUGAUAGCCUUCCUGCAAUUCCAGCGCUAUGUCACAGUUAUUGGUAUACAGCGACCAAAGCAUUAUAUAGCAAAAUCAGCUGUUCUGGCAUGGGGUCUACCGCUGAUACCCACGCUGCUGGUGGCCUUAAUUGAUCCCAAAUCAUAUGUGCCCUCCACCUAUCAGCUGGUCACCGACACGGGAAUAUGUUAUCCCUCUGGCAGUGGUUUACAUUUCGGAGUGAUUUUACCUGUCUCCCUAAUAGUGACGGCGAACUUGGCAAUUUUCGUCUACGUUUUCUUCAGCAUAUCUCGCAGUCUCAGCAUGGCGACGCAGCGCAGUGAAAAGAAAUUGGUACUCAAACAAAUUCGAUUAUCAAUUCUAUUGUUUUUCCUUCUGGGCUUAUCAUGGAUAUUCGGUAUCUUUGCCUUUAUGAAGAUGGGUUUGGUAUUCUCGUAUCUAUUCUGUCUGACAGCAACAAUGCAGGGAUUUGUUCUUUUCGUUUACUUUGUGAUUUUGGAUGAGAAUUCACGUCGCUGUUGGCAACAGGUUUUGUGUCCCAAUCGGGCGAAAAAGGCCCAGAAAAAAGCCACUGAAUUACAAUCAAUGACCACAGCCUCAACAUCGAAUGGCAUGGACUUGAGUCACACGGAGCAGUCGCAUACCGGCAAGGUUGGGAACACCUAAAGGAGAUGAGAAUUUCGACUGAUAGCUAGAUCGAUAAAGUUUUGACUAGCUAAACGAACAAAAGUGAACUGAUUCGAAGAAAGCAAACAGAUUAAGACUUAAUGCCAGCAAUUUUUCAAAUAUGCCUUUUUUGUAUAAAUUAUGAUAUUGGAUAAUUUUUUUUUAAGAAUUUGUAUUUAUAAGAUGUAAAUAAAAAAAUAUGAAAAUA